GCUGCAAUUGUUUUGGCCAGUGUUAUUUUAACAAUGUUGGUUUUCUCUUUGCAGUACUCGGAGAAGGCUCUGUACAACCAGCUCUGCUUCUACAGAUACAUCUUUGACUGGGACUACGCCAUGGCCAAGGUUCUACAGUCUGACGAGAGAGGCCAUGUGAAGAAAUGGAACAGCUUACGGGAUGCGUAUCUGAAGCUGAAGGAAGUCCCAGACAAGGCUUUGGCCACCAGUGGCUACUCUGAGGUUAACUUAGCCAAACUCUUCCAAGGUCUCUCCACCCUCAAGUGAAAACAAUCUACAAGGACAACACAUCCAAGAGCUUCAUUCUGCCUUCGGUUUGUAAAUAUCUGGUAGAAUUGGUGAAGCUCAGAUCAUCUUUUUUUUUUUUACCCUGAUGGACUUGUUAUAUUCUUUAAAACACCAAUCAGACCUCUCGUCUCUCCAGCUCCCUCACACACACACACACACACACUCAUCCACUUGCAACCCUGACUUGACCCCAUCACCCUCGCUCUGUAUGGUAAAGGCGAGCAGCAAUCAUACCUAAAUGACAGUCUAUUGUAUGUGCAGACGCUGGCUGUGCCCAGAUAUGUGUGCGUAUGUGUGUGUGCUAAAAUGACUUCUCCUCAGAACAGCUGGGAUACUCUGGGAGAAAGCUAAUUAGCCAAUGAUAGUGACCCGGAGCCACUGAGACCACUGGAUGCCUGCAGCGAUCGGACACUUGUUCUGAUUACCACCAUUCAUGCUGCGUGAGUGUUAGCAGAGUGGGUCGGAUCAGGGGCUGGAAGAAAGGCCUGAGGACGAUACAGGGAGUAACGGGGUGAGCAAGGCCACACGUGCUGCUCCAUCGCUCCUUUGUCCCGUUAUCGAACAUCUGAUCUGCUUCUCCUUCACUGCGUCUGUUUAACUCAGGCCACUUCAUCUCUUUCAUCUUUCCCAAAUGUGGACGUAUUGUGUUUUAAUACAUUUUCAAUGUUAUUGUAGCAUUUACAGUGAGUGUUGAACUCCAAUGCCCGAUUAUUUUGAUACUGUUUAUGACAAGGAAAGCUCAAUAAAGAACUAAUUAACAACUCUGUCUUGUGUAAUUUUA